AUGAGGGUUGAGAAUGGAAGAUCGGCCCGCUUUUGGCUAGAUAACUGGGCACCCACAAGCUCCAUAACCAUGUCGCAGGUCUUCCCAGGUGGCCGUCUAGGCAUUCCGCUGAAUGCAACCAUCGCUUCACUGAAUCGAGAGGGGAAUUGGAGAUUACCAUCGGCUAGGUCAGAAGCAAUGCUUGAACUCUAUGCCUACAUGACAACAAUUGAGCUUACCAGUCAACAAGAUUACUACGAAUGGGAGAUACAAGGAACAACAACCACAAAAUUUAGCACGGGAGCAAUCUACACUUACUUGCGAGGUACAAUUUCAGAACCAUCUUGGACUAAAGCAAUUUGGUUUCCUCGAGCUAUCCCGAGACACUCUUUCCACUUGUGGUUGGUGACUCUUGAUCGGUGUCCAACUAGAGAUAGAAUGAUCCAAUGGGGAAUUCAAGUAGAUCCUACCUGCCUCCUCUGCAAUUUGGCUCCCGAAUCAAGAGAUCACCUAUACUUUGACUGCUCCUACGGCUUCGCACUCUGGACAAUGGUAACAACGCGAUGUCGAAUCACCCCCAGGAGAUCUUGGAGUCGAACGAUCGCCCAAAUGGAGACGUUACCUCUGCGGAAAGCUGAGCGUCUUCUUACACUCCUCUCAUGGCAAGCAACUGUGUAUUGGUUAUGGAAGGAGCGCAAUGACCGUCACCAUAACAACACCUUCAGGUCGGUUGAUUCCAUCUUCUCUCUGCUUGACCGUCAGAUUAGAAACAAGAUCCAAAGCUUUAGGGAAUCAAAUCCUACCCUCUCCUCACAGAUGAUGCAGCGUUGGUUCGAAACAACUCCAACUCGAUCAACUCCUUCGUAA